UUGCAUUUUCCGCGAUGUUUGACUUUCUGAAGCGGCCGACGCUGGAGGACGAGCUCUUCAAGAUGAAGUUCACGGCCAAGUCGCUCCUCCGCAACGCUAAGAAGUGCGAUAAGAACCAGGCGGCGCAGAAGACGAAGCUCAAGAAGGCCAUCGAGAUGGGCAACAUGGAGGGCGCCAAGAUCUACGCGCAGAACGCGAUCCGCGAGAAGAACCAGGCGCUGAGCUACCUCCAGCUCAGCUCCCGCAUCGACGCGGUCGCGGCGCGCGUCCAGACCGCGAUCUCGAUGGGGAAGCUCAAGCAGAACAUGUCGGGCGUCGUCAAGGGCAUGGACGUCGUCAUGGACUCGAUGAACGUCGAGAAGAUCUCCAAGACGAUGGACCAGUUCGAGAAGCAGUUUGAGGACCUUGACGUGCGGGCCGCGUACAUGGAGGGCGCCAUGAACAGCACGACGGCCGGCGCGACGCCCACGGACCAGGUCGACGAUCUCAUCCAGAUGGUCGCGGACGAGAACGGCCUCGUGAUCGCCGGCCAGCUCGACAACGCCGGCGCGGUCGGCGUCGAGACGCACGUGCAGCCGGCGGCCGCGCCCACGUCGACAGCCAACGACCUCUCGGCGCGGCUCGCGGCCCUCCGCAAGGUCUAAUGCGUCAAUUUGUAUCUAACCAGAUAUCGUGUUGCGUCUCAUAGAUACACUAUUACUACGGCGACGGGGCUUAAAACAUGAGGAGCGGUUCGUCGUUGAGCACGCCGCCGCCGUCGGCCGCCUUCUUGGAGCUCUUCUUGGAGCUCUUCUUG